UUCUUUGACCAAAAACAAGAUGGAGGAUUUCGUACCGGCUCGCAAAAAGAAGCAAAGAAAAACGAAAAUAUCUCUUGAUUCGAGUGGCAAUCAGUUAAAAAGAAUAAAAGAUAUUAAAUUUGAUGUUUGUUCUACCCAGUUCUUCACUGAUACUGUAGAUAAAAUCAAAACUAUUCUUCAAGAAAAAUGUGAAAGUGGAAAUAAACCAUCCCCUGAAUUAGUUUGUUAUGGACUGGGCAAUUUUGCUGAAUCUUACAUUGCUAGAUACCAGCUAGCCCUUCUACUGGCUCUGAGGGAGGAGUUACAAAUUGGUGGAGGAGACUGUGAGAUAUAUGACCCACAAUUCACACCAGAGGAAUCAUCAUUGCUAUUGGAAUUGAACUUUCAGGUGCUACAGAAUAAUCAGGAGGGUAAAAGAGAGUGUAGUCCAGAUACAGUCACCAUAUUCUAUAUGCCACAUUGUGGUAAAGCUUUAUAUAACAACUUGUUGUGGAGAAACUGGGGUUGUCAGUUAGAGAAUGUUGUCAUAAUUGGCAAUAGUUUUACACACAUGAUUGACAGUACACCUACAAGAAUUCUAGAAAGAACAGCAAAUUAUGUUAUAAAGAUUCAGCCAUUUACACAGGAAACUCCAUUACAGGUUCCAGCACAAUAUGAGGAUGUUUUCAACAACACAAGCAUACAUACAUUCAGUUGUCGUGACCUGGAAAAUAUACCGCAUGACCUCUGGCAAAACAAUAUUGAACCAGUUUAUGACCUCACUGAUGCAGAAAUAAUUUUCCGAUGACACUUUGAUUUUAUUUAUUUAGCUUGUUUAAUAAUAUUUAAUAGGAUAAAACAAUGUUCUUUCAGUUGUAUUUAAAUUAUACAACAUUGUUAGUUCAAAGCAAACUGGUAAUAAAGUUGUGUUUUUGUUUUAUCAUAA